AAAUAACUUCAUUAAAAUACUGUACAAUGUAAUUAAUAAUUGUAAAUUAAAUGCAUAAUAAUAAUAAUAAUAAUAAUAAUAGGAAUUGGAGACUUAUAAUACCUAUAUAUAAUUUUAAUAUGAUUUAAAUGGAACAGGUAGCACUGUAUGUUCAAUUUCGUUUGUAUAACUUUUGAACACACACACACACACACACACACACACACACACACACAGACAUUGUACAUUAACACUGCAGUGGUUGCUCUCAGGCACAGUGGCAGCUGCAGAGCAUUUUUUCCAGCCUGUACUUUGUCAGGACCAGCCAACCAGUCAGUACGCUGGGAGAAAAAGUAAACUACUCUUGUACUUUUUGGAGUGGCAUCUGAUCCUGCCUUCAUCAUAACCAAAGCCCCUCUGUAACGUGUCGGAGGAAAUGUCAGACCCAACUGGGGAACUCACCAACAAGCCCUUCGCGGCCCAGUUGUCCAAUGCUUACCUCAGCAUCUUGGCUCUGUUCUGCUUUAAGCUCUUUGUUAAGAUUUCUCUCAACUUGCUGGCAUACUUCUACAUUGUCCGUGGGAACCGUAAAGAGGCUGCCAGGAUAUCAGCAGAGUUCUAUGACUACGGUCAACAACACAGAUCCUGGGCGGACCGCUCACCCCUCCACGAUGCUGCAAGUCAGGGCCGCCUCCUGGCUCUUAGGACCCUCAUUUUACAGGGUCACAGUGUGAAUGUUCUGACCAUAGACCAUGUGACACCCCUUCAUGAGGCCUGUGUUGGAGACCAUGGCGCCUGUGCCAGAGCUCUCAUUGAUGCAGGGGCAAAUGUCAAUGCCUCUACAAUUGAUGGAGUCACCCCUCUGUUCAAUGCUUGUACAGUAGGCAGUGUGGCAUGCACUGAAAUUCUUUUGGAAAAUGGAGCAAAACCUCAGAGCCUUGUAUACCACCCCUCACCGAUCCAUGAAGCUACAAGCAAAGGUCAUUACGGUUGUGUGGAGGCUCUGGUGACUUGGGGGGCAGAUGUGGACAUGGACAUUCCUCACCUGGGCACAGCACUGUAUACGGCCUGCGUCUGCCAAGAGCUGGAGUGUGCCAGGAAACUCCUGAGGGAAGGUGCAAAUGUACAGAAAGGCAAAUCCCUGGAUUCACCCUUACAUGCAGCUGCAGAAAAAGACUCCACAGCUGUGGUGAAGCUGCUGCUGGACUUCGGUGCAGACAUUAAUGCAAGGAACACAGAGUUUCAGAGGCCAGUAGACGUGGCUCCACCCAGCAGUCUAACAGAGGGCUUCCUACUGCUCUAUGAAGCUACACCACGACUGCUGAGCCAGCUGUGUCGUCAGUGCAUCAGGAACUGCGUCGGCCGUGACAGACUCCACCUUCUUUCCCACCUUCCCCUGCCCAACAGGCUCAGGAGCUACCUGCAGUACCAAUGACAGGCACAACAUCCAAACUGUCGGCCUAAAUGGGACUUACAGGAAAGAAUUCCUUAACACAAAGAGCGCCUCCAUGAACUCUUCCUACCUUUAAUUUUUUGCUUCCAGUCAAUGCAGUAAGCAAUUAAUUGAAAUUAGUCACAGAGUAGACAAUCUGUGUUGAGCUGGCUUGCAUCCCAUAUGUGACUGUGGACCCGGAUGAAUGUAAAGCAGGGGGUUUCUAAAAUAAGAGCUUGUAGGAUUAUCCUUGGCUGGAUAAACUGUGGUUAAAGAAAUCUAAUCAAAGUAUUAUUUGCAUUUCAGUUUUUGUCAUAUUUAGAAGAUGCUGUAAUAGUUGCAAUAGCUAUCAGACAGUGACGCACUUUUAAAAUAUUCUGAUGUCAUAGUGCACAAUAUGUGAAUGAGCAUUCAUUAUUUUGCAUUUGAUAUAUAAUGCACUGCACACUACUAGAUUAUUAAAUUGUUUUGAAAUCUG